UUUCCAUUUCCCACUAUGUUUAGUUUAUUUUCCUAGCUUUAUCUUUCCUUUUUUUCCCUUUCUUCUAAUUAAGAUUCUUUUGUGGUCAUCUGUGAUAUUAGCUCAGGCCCACUUUCCCCUAAAUACCUUGCCUUCCAAGCACUCUUUUCUUUCCUCAUAUUCCAUCUCUCUCUCUCUCUCUCUCUCUCUCUUUCUCUCUCUCUCCAUCUUCCCUACCAUUCUCAAAGAGCAUGCCUGAAUGUCCACAGAAAGGGAGAGGCUUGAUGAAGUAGGCAAGAAGAUCAAGAGGGAAGCCGAUGUUCCCGAUCGCAAGGCAUUCGGUCACCUGCCGGGUCCUGUGGGAACCUUAAACACCAUCACUCCAUGCGCCGCUUGCAAGCUCCUGAGACGGCGAUGUACGCAGGAAUGCCCUUUCUUUCCCUAUUUCUCCCCUCACGAACCCCAAAAGUUUGCUUCAGUUCACAAAGUGUUUGGUGCAAGUAACGUGUCCAAGAUGCUAAUGGAGGUUCCUGAGAGCCAGAGGGCCGACGCGGUCAACAGUCUUGUUUAUGAAGCGAAUGUGAGGCUGAGAGACCCCGUCUAUGGGUGCAUGGGGGCGAUCUCGGCGUUACAGCAACAGGUUCAGGCCUUGGAAAGGGAGCUCGCUGGGGUCAGAUCUGAGAUAUUGAAGUACAAGUACAGGUCUACUACGAGUGGUGCCGUCCUCCCUACAUCUCAUGCUGCUGCUCUCCUAGCCUCCUCUGGGGAGGUCUCGGUCGCUGCACCGCCACCCAUCACCGCUCCUACACCCCCUGCUUCAUCUUCGUCUUCUAUGUACACUGCUGCGUCCAGCUCCACGGACUACAGCUCCAUCACCAAUGAAAAUGUUCCAUACUUCAGCUAAAGAUUUUGAUUUUAUUUAGUCAUGAACCAUCUGAAAUAAAGGAAAACGGAAAUAUAUAUAUAUAUAUAUAUAUGUUU